AUGGAUAUUGGUUUCAGUGCAGUAGAAUUAAUAAACAAACUUAAAGUUGAUCUUGAAGAGUUAAGUAUUAAUGGCGAAAUCACUCCAAAAGUUCAUGAAUAGAUUUUCAGUUUAAGAUCUUUCAUUGAGACUUUCCUGUAUUAUUUCUCAAAAGGUGCUAAUGCUGAACGAAGUACUGAUUCGAGUGAGCUUUUCAAGUAUCUGUUGGAAAAUAUUUAAACUGAUAACCCGAUCAAGUAUAAUCCUGAAAUAGGUGGUCACUCUUCAGUUUGGGCUAUUAGAGCUUAAAGAGAAAACUGCAAAGCAUUCAUUGCUGCUCAGGCAUCAGAUUUUAAUCAUAAAGCUCUUCAUUAUACCCCAGAGCACUCUGAAAAAUAUCUUCAAUGGCCUCACUAAAGUAUAUAAGCAGAAUCUAAAUAGCAACAUGGAGAUAUUGAAGAACCUCUAGACAUUCAUCUUGUAUUUGAAUAUAAAGAAGGAGAUGAAAUUUUAGGUUACAAAGCUCCCAGGAGUAAUAGAUUUUACUUCGUUGAUGAUCCAAAUGGAGCAUCACUUAAACAAAUGGAGACUUAUCAUAAAUUAGUUAAAGAUCAUCCUCAUAUAAAAAGGCAUUUGUUUGGAGGAUACUAGUUGAUGCAGAAACUUGAAUAUCAAGAGGUUAAGGAGAGAUUAGAAAAGUAGGAGUAACUCUGGAAUGAAAUGAGGUAAACAGAGCCAGGACAUAUGAUUCAUGUAGAGUUUGCUCACUUUAGUAAUUUAGAGUUUUUUAAGCUCUUCGAUAAGCAUGUUGUUAGACAAGCUGACUCACUUGGAAUGAAUGAACAAGAACUUGUUCUUAUCCUUGAGCUUUGGCAAUACAAGCUUAAGGAUAUUAAUCAAGCCAGAGACUCAAAGCCUACUAUUGAAUUCAUCCUUGAACAACUAAGAAAAUUCUUUAUCUUGGCUAAAGAGCAACAAUUACCUUUAUCAAGAGUUCAUUUACAUCCCUAUGGAUCUUUCCUUAUGUGCUAUGAUCGUUCCAAAUGGGAGGAUGCUCAUGAUGCUAUUAUAAAAAGUUCAAUGGCUACUCCAAAAUUCUGCAAAAUGACAGACAAACUAGAGGAAGAACAUAUUGAUAAUUAUGAUGUCCCUGAGAGACCAAAAUAUAUUGUCAACCCAUACAACUAAUAAGAUCUUAUCCCCAUUUCAAGAGAUAACCUAACGUACCAAUUUGAUCUUAAUGAUGAUAUUACAUGCUAUAUGCAAUUCUUCUUAAAAUGCAGAACACUUAUAAAAACUGCUGGCCUCGGUGAUACCAUCUCAAGUACUGGUUUCAUUUACCAUGAGCCUAAAAGAUCUGAAUGA